CGAUAAACAUGUCUUGUAAUCGGUCUGCGAAAUGACAUUCCUUCAUUUAUGUACGUUGUAUAAACUGAUGUGAUUACACAAGCAACUAUUAGUGUUUCGAAGUAACAAUUAACUUGGGAAGAAAUAUCAAGAACAGAAAGUUUUUUGGAAACCAUGGAUGACGAUCAACGUCCAUUCGUUGUCAUCAAAUUUAUUAACAAAACAAUAAAAAAAGGAUCAGAUGACGACACAGCUUAUGAGGUGGGCCUCGCCAAAUGGAUUGUUGACUUAAACGAGGACAUGAUAGGUACAACAAAAUGGCCGCCUCCUUCCGUAGACGCUGGAAAGCUUAUAAGGAAAGAAGCUUCUCCAAAUUCAAAUUGGCCAGUGAGCUCUGUUGAGGUAAUAAGAUAUUUCGACACUGUGAGAAGAGCUAGGGAGGCGCUGAAAAGAUUGGUGGAUGAAGGACUAACUUCCUAUGAGACUGAACGAGAAUUAGGCCGAGGUAAGAGGAAGAAACGACCGCCUACUAAAUAUACUGAUGACGAUGAAGAUUCAGAUAUUUCCGAGUACAGUAAAAAGAAGCAGCAAUCUCUGUCAGAUGACAGCGAUUCGACAGAUUCAGUUCCACGUAAGAAGACUGAAAAGUUCGUUAAGUCAAAGAACAUAGUUGAAGACAUACCGUCACCACCAUCGUUAUCCUUUCAAAACAAAACUGGUAACAUAAGGCUAGAUCAAAAUGACAGUAAUAAAAAAAUUAUUGUAAAUAUAAAACAAAACAAUUUAAAAGCUGUUUUACCUAUAAUAGAGAAAAUCAGGAGUCAGAAAACUGAACGGCAAAGACUUUCUCAGAAGCUAAAAGAAGGGCAUUUAAAAAAUGCUCUUAAAAAGCAGAUGAGUGCAUUAAAUGUUCCUCAACUAAAUGCAAGUACCAAAAGUCGUCUGCAACAGGUGAAUACCACACCAUAUCAAAAUAACAUUAUACUUUUGACGGAUGAGGAGGAAAAUAUAGUUGAUGAGCCUGAAGCUAAAAUUGACGAGUUCGGCCUUGGAAUCUCUUCUGAAGGGCGAAAUUCUUUCAAGAGCUUGGGAUCAAGGAACACAGAAGUUUUCUCGAGUUUUUCUACACCUUUGAGGUCUUCUUCACCGUUGUACAACAUGAAUUCUAGAAAUUCUGGAGCCAUUUCUCGUGAGCUGUUUAGUUGUCACCAAGAUAUAUUACAGGACGCUAAUAAUAGUGAGGAUUUAGAUGUUCCAAUGCACAGUAAAAAGAAGCAGUUUCUGUCAGAUGACAGUAAUCUUUCCUUUGAUAUCAGUAAGAGCAUUACAGAAAUAAAAUCUCUAUGCAAGACUACACUUGUGCGAAUAGAAGAACUAAGCAGUAAAGUUGAUGUCACGAUUAUGAAUCAAGCUCGACUGAACCGGUCUCUCCUCCCAGCUGAGAAGAGAAUUGUUCGUCCACCAGAUCUCCCGACUCUUCCUGUCCACACAGAGGAUGAUCUGAAAGCUAUCGAAAGAUUCUUGGAUGACGUCUCUAAUUUGGCAGCAACAGUUCAUUAUCUGGCUUCAUAUUCUUUGAAAAGCAGUGAAGAAAAAGCAGCUGCUCAAGUUAUGACAAAGUUGAUUUCUAAUACACUGGCCAGUUCCUACAAUUUUAAGGGUACUGAGGGAAGUAAAAAAAAAAGCUUCCAAAACCUGCACCUUUGGGAAGUAGUUCAAGGUGUAAUACAAACGCGAUUUCCUGAGAGUGAUCUUUCACAUGCCAAAAACUCUGUGAUGUCCUGGUUACGGAAUGCCCCUUGGCGGAAGCAGGAGGAAGGGUCUGACACUUGGAAGAGAAAGAACAAAAGCUCACGUAACCGAAACGAGAGUAAGAGCCCUCAGAAGAAAGAUAGGAAGAAAAAUUAAGAAUAAGCUUCAACACAGGGAUAUAUUUAAACGUUUUUCUUAUCCUGUUCUUUUAUUUGAGCUACAGAUUUUAUUCUGAUAUCAUUUUUGCUUGGAUUUUUCUAUUUGGGCCAAUGGAGAUAUUAUUGAGUACGGAAUAUAUCCAGACAUUUUUCUUAUUUUUUUUUAUUUGAGUUACAGAUUUUAUUUUAAUAUAAUUUUUUUUAAAUUUUUCUAUUUGCUAUUAGCAAAUGGAGAUAUUAAUGAGUACUGGAUAUAUCCAGACGUUUUUUUAUCCUUUUCUUUUAUUUGAGUUACAGAUUUUAUUCUGAUAUAAUUUUUCUUAGAUUUUUCUAUUCGCUAUUGGCAAAUGGAGGUAUUAUUGAGUACAGUUAGAAAAUUAAUGCUUUUUAUAGAAACACGAUAUAAAAAAAAUCAAGUUUUUUUAAUUUUGCGUUGUAAUUCAUUUAUCCAAUUAUUGUGUUCUUUUUGGAAUUUAAAGUUUAAGACUAAAAACUUAGAGGAAUUAUAGUUUUACAGUCUUUAUAAAAGUUCAAAAUCCUUUAUGGAAAUAAGUUUGUAAACCCUUAAAUUAUAUUAGGUAUACACAAACUGUGAUGUUAGAUAUAAGACAAACAUUUAUAUUUUAAUUGUUUUAAAAUAAAUAUUGAUUUUAUCUAAUUCGA